AUGCAGCAACAAACCCAGAGCCACGGUCAGAACGAAAUAGAAGCUCUCAGGCAAGAAGCUGAAGUACUCAAGGCGCAGAUCAGGGUAAGUAUAUACUGUGUUGCUACAUAACAACCCCGCAAGUGGGUGAAACAUCGAAGGCAGAGAUGACAAAGUUUGAUCGCUUUCGAAAAUGUGGUAUUUACGCUGUAUACAAUCAUAAACCGCUCGGUCUAGCCCAAAUGCGAGCAUAUUUUCGAAAUAUGUCGCAUUUUGGUCUUUUACAUGUACACUGUGUCUUUUUAACGCCGUUUUGUUGUCGGUGAUCGCGAAAUCGUUCGUCGUUGGUGGGGGUCGCCAUUAGAUGUCUCAAUCGAAUGCCACGCGAUCUAUGCCAGUGUAUGCAGUAUUGUUUCACCGAAAUAUAGAUUAGAAUUCUAAUAUCGUUCCAAGUUAAAGAAUUUGUGCCUUUUCGCGCUGUAUUGAUUCGAUUUAACCCGUAAAAGCUCGGUUUAUGCCAAGCAAGUUAUUCUUGCUGUGUGUUUACUGUUAGCCGGGAGCAGUUUUCAAUAUCCCUAAAGAAUAUUGUAUUCAUUAAGCUUAUAGCUUAGGCCGCAACAGAAGGAAGGAAAGUAUGCUUGUGAUACAACUUAAACGCUGUCUGUGAGAGUUUGUUAUCACGAUUAGCUGAUAAAGUGGAGUAAAACUUCGAAUAUGUGGAUCAAGGUCGAAAUUUUACUGUAGCUAAUCUGCCAUGACAAGUUAGCAUCGUCGCAGUAGAAACUCGAUUGCAGCUUGAUCAUUAAAAAAAUGGCAAAGCUAAUGUUGUCGAAAGCAACGUCAGAAAAAUUAGAUUUGCCUAUUCAGACCGGUUUCGAACCUCGUUAAUUUCGUUAAGGCUUAGUUUGGCCUGGACUUGGUCAAGGAAGGUUAAAAACAUGUGCUUAAAAUCGAUUACGGUGCGAUAUUUCGUCGUCCAGGUUUUGAGUUUGUGUCGCUCGCUCCUUGAUUACAAUAUCUUUUUGCGUUAUAGUUGGUGGCGUUUAAAACGAUCAAAGGAAGAAAAACUUUUACCUUGGGUUUUGAAAUAAUUUCUGUAUCUGAAGCGAUUCCCUCACGCGCGAGAAUGUUUUUUUUACAUCCUCGAGACGUUCGAAAUUGAAAGCUCGUUCCUUUUGUGUUCGCUCUAGAUGAACGAAACGGAAGCAAGUUAUAAUGGAUUGUCGUAUCCUUUCUUACUGCUUGUGGAAUAGCAUCUAUCUCUUCGUCAAACUAUAGCAGAGCUGAAUUAAAAACGAUUCUUCUGAGCUUAGUGUAGGAAGGCAAGAAAACAGAACAAACAUUUUUUCUUUCAAAGAUUAAAUAGCUUUUAUAAGUUUGUCCCCAAUUUGCGACGGAUAAUCAUGCGUUCAUGAAUCAUGACGCGAUUUUCUCCUUUCCAAAGGUGUGUCCGUGGUUUUUACUCAUCGUUUCUUUGGUUGUAUCCUAGGAAUUAAAAAUUCUUCGUUUGUUAACGUCUGUAGCGGGUAUAUGUUCUUCAAGGUCUUUUAUCAUAAACGCAAACAGUUGUUUUUUUUAUCUGAAAUAAACAAUGCAGCUUUGCUAUGAACUUCCAGCUCGCUGUUCCUUCUAAAAAGACAAAAUUGCUUUUUACAGAGUUCCUUUUUUUCUUCUGUUAAGUUAUGAUUUGAAUGGUGUGGUAUCUUGCACUGUGUAAACCAUGAUGUGAGAUGUUUUUUGCAUGAUAUUGAGUACUCAUUGCUCUUAUAGCCUGAACGAGGUUGGUUAGAUCCGUUGAAGACCUGGAGUUCCGUGUUAUGUGUUUACCGUAUUUCCUCUUAACAGAAAUCAGUUUCAUGUUAACUAAAGUGAAAGAAUUAUUUUGACCAAAAAAGCAAGGUUUUAGGCCUAAAAAAUGAAAUUUUGAUUGCAUGUUUCAAUUGGCCGUGAGACGUAGCAAUCCAUUGGCCACAAACAUAUCAAUGGGGAAGUGUUGCUAUUAUUUGUGACUAAGCAAAAUUCACGUGACUUACUUACUGCUCACAUGUUUUAUGGCUUAUACUUGUUAAAAAUCGCUAUUUUUUUAGACAACCAUUUGAAGAUUUGAACUGGGUUACAUAACGUUAUCUUGGUGAUGCUUGAAAUAUAUAUGGGUAGAAUGGCUCUCGUAACAGUGUUACCCUUCAUUUGAUGUUUUGUUCUUGUCCUUCAGAUUUUACCAGAUUAGUUUAUUUGAUAUUCAAUGUUAUAGCAGUGGGGUGUACAGUAUACUGAUUUAUGUCUCUGUAAAAUGUUGACUUUGAGAGGUGAAGCUUGCUGAAAUCUUUAUGUCGAGCCAGAUUGUCACUUUGAUCUGUAUCUUCACCCAUUUUGGGUGGAUGCGAGGUGACUCAAUUUGGCUAUUAGUGGUGUGUGAGAAACAGAGUUUGAUGUAGGCCCUCUUGAAGGCUCUCAAGAUAGCAAAAUUAAAUUGUAGCCAUGGAAAUGUCUAGUUUGCCAAAGGAAAUGUGGACCAACUUAAAGAGGCCAGUUUUGUUUUUUUGAGCAGAGAAGUCUGGCCACCAUUGCAUUAAUGCACGUUCAUGUACCUUUGAUAUUCACUGGGUAUUGUCAGGAGUGGGGCGCAUUUUUGUUUGGUGUUACUGUGUACGAAUCACCCAGGUGGCACUUCAGUCUUGACACUUCAAUUAUUAUUUUGGGGCUGUAUGGUAUAAGCUCUUACAAAGAAGAUGGAGUUUACAUAAUGGUCCUGGUCAACGGGAUAAUUUCGAAUGCAUACUUUUACAGUGUGCAAAUUUUACGGACUGUACUUUAUAAUGUGUUAACUUUUGUAUUUGCAGGAUGCAAGAAAAGCAGUAUGUGACACAUCACUGGCGCAAGUAAGUUUACGAUGAUAUUGGCUUCAUUGCAGUUUAAAAAGCAGGAUACUAGAAAAAUUGCUGGUCAUUGUUUUGAAGGAGGCAAAUAAUGAAUGUAACAGUGCCUAGUGACAUAAAAUAGGCAUUUCCGCUUCCUUUUGAUAUGCACAUACAUAAUUAAUUGUCAGUAUAACCUGAUGGAAAUUGUCUCAAGUAGUUGUUUGUAAACCCGUCAUUAAUUGGUUCAAACACAUUGUCCGCCUAUAUCCCUUGGUGAGUUUUACCCACAGACAUGACAGAGCUUUGCAAAAGUUAUGACUAAAAUCUACAGUCAGCUCUUUCUAAACGGAUACAGUCUAACUUCUCCUUACGGACACCUCUCUUACAGACAGUUUGUUUGGUCCCAGAAAGAACAAAAAUCUUGCAUUCCCUACUUCUAUUAUACGAACACUUCUGUGAAGUGGACACUUGGUUCUGUUCCUUUGGUGUCCGUAUUAAAGAGGUUUGACUGUACCUCUCUUAGACAAACACCUGGUGUUGGUUCCUGCUGUUUUUCAGUCGUUUUAUUUUAACUAUGCUCCCCAUAAGGCGGACACUGGAUUCUUUUGAAACUGUCAACGAAUGCUAAAGAAUUGCUUUAUGCAGUGAAAGAUACCUCUAAAUGGAAAUAUAGGUGCUUUACACAAUAGUAAAUUAUGCUAUUAGACCACAAAGCCUUGAAUGUUUGCUUGUAAUGAAUGUUUGAUUGCAUAAUAAGAAACUGAUUCCACUUUUCUGUUAUGGUGUUCCAGUUUUAGCUGUUUUGCAUAAGUUAACAGACAUGCAUUCAUCGCAAGUGGGUUCAGCUUAAGUUUUUACUGGUGUCACUUUACCUUGUCUCUCUAGAAACCGGACACCUAUCUGAGACGGACAGUUGCGUCAAUGCUGUAGAUGUCCGACUUGUAGAGAGUUGACUGUAGUGCUUAAUUUAAUAACUUUGUCAUAGUAAAGUGCUUUUAUUUAUCUUCCAGGUAACACACAAUGUCGAACCUGUUGGUAGAAUACAGAUGAGAACUAGGAGAACACUCCGAGGUCACUUGGCAAAAAUAUAUGCUAUGCACUGGGCAACCGACUCAAGGUAGGUGGCUGUUGGCUUGGUGAUGUGCGAGGUUUCCUCUUGGAAAUGUUUUCCGUAGUGUCAGAACCAAUUUCUGUUGACGCAAACUUUCUUUUUCAUUUCAGAAAUUUAGUAAGUGCUUCUCAAGAUGGAAAACUUAUUGUAUGGGAUUCUUACACAACAAACAAGGUAUUUGUCAUGAUUUUUUCCAACAUACUAAGCUGCUGAAAAAUGCAGCAAUAAAUAGAUUUAGUUUAAAACUAUGGUAGUGGCUUUCAGGAUUGAGCUUGUGCUAAUUCAGUUGGGCUUAUUAACUUUCUUCCCCUGAAAAGGGGAGCUUAUUAGAGGAUUUGGUUAGUUUCAGCUGUGAACUGAUAAUUAUGGCUUUCCUUCCCUCCCCCAGGUUCAUGCGAUACCUCUUCGAUCCAGCUGGGUAAUGACCUGUGCUUAUGCGCCGUCUGGAAAUUAUGUAGCAUGUGGUAAGGUUGUGUUCUUUUUUGGGGGGGAGACAUAUUUUUAAAGUUCACAGUUCUUGAUUCAACUUAUCUAUGGACCAAAAUCAGUUAGAAAAAAUUCCCUGUUACAUACAUUUCAAGCCAUGAUGAAUUCCUUCAACAUUUCACAUUGCAUUUUGACAACUUUCUCCACCGCUGUCAAAGUAUACUUUUGUCAAAACAAGAAAGAAGUAUUUAUUUGGGUAAAGGGGUCAAUGGGUUUAUAUUUACUGUUUUUAUAAUGUUUGGUUGUCAGGUGGUUUGGACAACAUCUGCUCAAUUUACAGUCUAAAAACAAGAGAAGGAAAUGUUAGAGUCAGUCGAGAGUUACCGGGACAUACAGGUAUGCAAUGUCACCAUAGAGGUGGAAAAGUUUAUACUGUAAAUGUUAAGACAACCACUUUCAUAUGGCCCUGGAGUUUCACCACGUUUUCAUACUAAUAUUUCUGUUUUCUCAUUUUAUAGGAUACUUGUCAUGUUGUCGUUUUACAGAUGACAAUCAGAUUCUUACUAGUUCUGGAGAUAUGACCUGGUAUGUUGGUUGAUGCUAUGUGAAGAUAGUAGUAUUGUACUGGGAAUCAGCUGAGAUUAAAUGAUCAAUUAUCCAAAAUAAUCAGAUUGACCCAGCUGAAAACUCUUUCAAGUCAAUAAAGGGAAUCGAGCAUGGCCGCUGCACCUUGGUGUAGAAUGAGAGGAAAACAAGAAAUGUAUCAGAAAAGGGUGAUGGAUGGAUUAUUGCUACAAUAUGAGUCAAUCACAAAAAGAACACAAGCUCUUAUUACUUUUAUUUGUUGUCAAUAUUUUUUUGUUCUUCCCCAAUAAUCGAUUUAACAGUUUGCAUAGUUGCAUCGCUUAAGGUUUUUUGAUCAAUGGUCGAUCAUAAUCAAUGAUCAGCACAUCACUAGAUGAUAGAUUCAGAGAAAAGUAAAAGAUGCUCUUACAAUGGCUUUGUCUAACGCCAUGCUCCAAGGAAAACUGAAAGGAACCCAGUGCUCUGAAACUGUAAAAUCUAGGGUGUCCAUCAUUAUAAUCAUUAUGAUUUGUAUGAAACUAAGAUUUUCUAGUUGCUUGAGAGCAAAAGCUGGGCGCUGGGGGUCAUAAGGCUCUGCCAAAGCACAGCCCUGCUGUCAAUUGGCAACACCGGAGAACUUUUCCCAUAAGGUGGCUAUGGUUACUGAAAGAGAAGCCAACUACUAUUUGGGAUUUUACCAAAGGUAUCAAUGAUAAAUGAAAAAUAAGUUAGGGACUGAUAUGUUUUUAAAGCUUGUUUCCACAUAAGGGCCAUGAUUUCUCUGAUUGUUAAGACUGCCCACGAUCCAUACGCUCAUUAAGGUUGACUGUGUUGUUUGUUGUGAUGGUAAAGGUGAAGUUUGUAGUGAUUUGUCACAAUGACAGGUGUAUUCUUUUUUGUCUUUAGUGCGCUUUGGGAUAUUGAAACUGGGCAACAAACUACGACAUUCAGUGGACACACUGGAGAUGUCAUGAGUCUAUCAUUAUCCCCUGACAGCAAGUCUUUUGUAUCUGGAGCCUGUGAUGCCUCAGCGAAGGUAUUAACCUUGACACCUUUAUGGAUACACCAUAUAUAAGCCUUACUUCAUGGGGGUCAGGUUGUUAUGUGCUUUUACUGAAGGGAUGAAUCCAGUUUGUGUUCAUCUCUUUACUGUUGUUAAUCUGUUGUUACGUGUUGCUCUCCAUGGGUAAUGCUACUACUUCUAGGAAAUUUGGGGGGAGUUUUGUUCUUUUAGUUCCGGGAAAUAUACAUUAACAUUACUUUCCUGUUCUUUAGCUGUGGAGUAUACAAGAUGGUAUCUGUAAGCAAACUUUUACUGGACACGAAUCAGACAUCAAUGCAGUAGCAGUAAGUAUUCAGAACAUUUUUUCAUAAGAGUCUUGAAGAUUCACUUUUUGUCUCAGCUGUGUAUGUUGUCAUGUUUGUGUACGAAAGCUUGUUUUCUUUAGCAUUCAUGCUGAUUUUCUAUUGUGUUUUUAGUACUUCCCCAAUGGAUCAGCUUUUGCAACAGGAUCUGAUGAUGCCACAUGUAGGCUGUUUGACGUCCGCGCUGAUCAGGUGAGGCUACACUUUUAGUUAAGUUCCCUUCCAUCAGCGUGCAAUGAAAGUGGUGUCCAAAGCCCGGAGCAAGUGGAUUUUGCUAUCAGGCCGGGGAUUCAAAUUGCAGAAGAACUGCAAUCAACCAGGCUGGUCAGAAAGGCAAACUGUAACUCUGACUUUCUUUGCACCAAGGCUGCGACGUAGAUGUAAUUUAACUGUAGUUAGUACAUUCUGUAUCAUCUGUAAAGCAAUGCUUGUAUCCUUGUUCUGGUUGUUGUGGGCCCCUAAUGGAUUGAACAAAUUACCAGAGGUGUGUUUCGAAUUUCCCUUCAUCUUGAUUGGCAAAUCAAGAAUGGCUUUUUAAGAGACCAAUCUUGGUGCGUACUCAAAUCCUGGUACACAGGUGGGGGCCCAGAACGAAGAUUUCACAGGCAGAUAAAACCAGAGUUUAGUUUCGUCUAUGACGCAGGCUACUUUGCACCCUCCCUUUUGUGCAGUAUUUAUCGUCGGUUGGAAUGAGUCAGUCUCCUACAUAGACGUUUGGCAAUCUUGAAGCAGUUAAUCUGUUUCUAAUCCACUGUGCUUUGUUUUGUUUUGUCAAAAAUAGGAGCUCAUGGUGUAUGCCCAUGACAAUAUUAUCUGUGGAAUUACCUCAGUGGCCUUCUCCAAGAGUGGCCGUCUGCUGUUAGCAGGAUAUGAUGAUUUCAACUGCAAUGUGUGGGACACAUUGAAAGGAGAGAGAGCCGGAGUAUUAGCAGGACACGACAACCGUGUCAGUUGUCUGGGUGUUACUGAAGACGGAAUGGCUGUUUCCACAGGAAGCUGGGAUAGUUUCUUGAAGAUAUGGAACUGAUCUGGUGAACCCCCUCCCUCCCCUCCCUACUUCUAAGAGCAAAGUUUUAGUGUUUAUAUUUUAUAUAUUGCGAUAUAAGUUGUGGUUUUCAUUGGAUGGUGCAA